GUAGAACUUUGUGUCUAUCUAAUAGUAGUAUUAAUUUUCUUUAAUCUUUUUGUUAGCUUGCUUAUGUCGGCUAAUUUAAUUUGAACUUCAUAUAUGAUGUAAAUAUUUAAUUAUUUAUGUUAUAUUAGACCAAAUUUUUGUGUUUUAUUUGUUUGUUUGUGUUGGGAUUGGUGCAUGAACUCAAUAGAAUGUGUGUUUCAAUUUUGUACUUCAAUGCAUCACAAAAAAAACAAAAGUGAAUAUAUAUAUAUAUAUAUAUACACACAGUCAGAGAGAGAGAGAGAGAGUCUGCAAAGGUUUGUUGAGUAGAGAGGGUUUAUACUACUGAAGAUAUUCUAAGGAUUAGCAUUUGAAGAUUAGUGAUAAUGGGGUUUAUGCAGCUCUUGUAUGUUGCUUCAUUGCCGGUAAUGAAAGUAUUACUGAUUAGUGCACUUGGCUUGUUUCUUGCAAUUGAUCAAGUUGAUGUGUUGGGAGCAGAUGCAAGAAAGAGAGUGAAUAAUCUUGUAUUUUAUGUGUUUAAUCCAUCACUGGUUGGAAGCAAUUUGGCUGAAACGUUAACAUCUGAUAAUGUUCUUACUUUGUGGUUCAUGCCAGUCAAUGUUCUUGCUACAUUCAUAUUGGGUUCAGCUUUAGCGUGGAUUGUGAUUAAGAUCACAAGGCCUCCAAAGCACUUGGAAGGUCUAAUAUUAGGUUGCUGUUCUGCAGGAAAUUUAGGAAACUUGCCUAUAAUCAUCAUUCCAGCCAUAUGUAAGGAGAAAGGAAGUCCUUUUGGAGACCCUGUUCUCUGCCAUAAAUAUGGGAUGGCUUAUGUUUCACUUUCUAUGGCGAUUGGAGCAGUUUUACUAUGGACAUAUGUUUACAACAUAAUGAGAAUUUCAACAAGUAGAGCCAAAUUGAUGACUUCAGGGGUGAUAUCAGAAUCACAACAAUACAAUAUUUCAGUUACAAAUAACCCUGCAAAAGAUGCUCUAGAUGAUGCAUAUACUUUACUGCUUCCAAAUACAGACUUUGAGGAAAAGGUUUCUUUCUCAGAUAAAGUUAAGUGCCAUUUGAGGAAUAUUUCAAACAACAUCAAUUUCAAAACCAUUUUUGCACCAUCAACCAUUGGAGCAAUUAUUGGAUUUUGCAUUGGUGUUAUCAACCCAAUACGUAAGUUAAUGGUUGGCAAUAAUGCUCCAUUGCAUGUGGUUGAGGACUCUGCUUCAAUGUUGGGUGAAGCAGCCAUCCCUACAGUCACCCUAAUAUUGGGUGCUAACCUCCUUAAAGGUUUGAAGGGAACAAGUACCCCAGUGUGGACAAUUGUGGGAAUUAUAGCUGUAAGAUAUAUUUUUCUACCUAUAAUAGGUGUUGUAGUGGUCCAAGGGGCAAUCAAAUUUGGUUUGGUGCAACCAGAUCCUUUAUAUCAGUUUGUACUUCUACUUCAAUAUGCACUUCCACCAGCUAUGAAUAUAGGAACUAUGGCCCAGUUGUUUGGAUCUGGUGGUGAAAGUGAAUGCUCAGUUAUCAUGCUAUGGUCAUAUGCUUUGGCGUCAAUUGCGGUUACCCUUUGGUCAACCUUUUUCAUGUGGCUAGUUAUUUGAUUUUGUACUCUCAGAAAUGGUUAUUAUUAAUUAAUAUUUUAGUUUAAUUUUAACAAGUCUUAUAAUACUAGAAGAUGACUAGUGUUAAUAAUACUGAGACAUGAUCACAGAGUUCUUA